UCCUACUCUUUUUUUUCCCCCGGCAUCCUUUGCGCUUCCGGUUUCCGGCCGGCAGAGACAGUGACAGGGAGAGGCAGGCCUCAGAAGCUUUGGCCAUGACGACACUCGACGACAAGCUCCUGGGGGAGAAGCUCCAGUAUUAUUACAGCAGCAGCGAGGAGGACGAUGAGGACGAGGACAGCGAGAAGGAGGACAAGGAGGAGGAAGGGCCCCGCUCCGCCCUUCGCCCGGAGAUGGCAGUGAGCAGCGACGGCAGCGCCGUCAACACAGGCCCGAAAGGGGUGAUCCAGGAUUGGCGGCGCUUCAAGCAGCUGGAGACGGAGCGGCGGGAGGACCAAGCCCGGGAGAUGAAGCGGCUCGUGCAGCGCCUCUCCCUCAGCUGCCGCUCCCACCUGGACGAGGAGGAGGACCAGCGGAGGCAGGCCGAGCUGCGGGAGGAGCUCGGCAGCAAGCUGACGCUGCAGAAGUGCGGCCUGCUCCGAGAGCGUUGUGAGGAGGAGGAAGCGGAGGAGGAGGAUGAUGAGGCGUUCCUGCAGCAGUACCGCCAGCAGCGCAUGGAGGAGAUGCGGCGCCAGCUGUACGGUGUUGGCGCAGGUGCCCCGCAGCAGUUCCGGCGUGUCUUUGAGCUGCAGAGUGGGGAGGCCUUUCUAGAGGCGGUGGACGGGGGCCCGCGGGGCGCGCUGGUGCUGGUCCACCUCUACGAGGAGGGGGUGCCGGGGGCGGAGGCGCUGGACGGCUGCAUGGCUUGCCUGGCGGCGCAGUACCCAUGGGCCAAAUUCUGCCGCGGGCGCAGCGCCCUGGUGGGGGCCAGCCCCCGCUUUGCCGCCGCCGCCCUCCCGGCCCUGCUGGUCUACAAGGGGGGCGAGCUGGUGGGCAACUUUGUCCGCAUCACCGACCAGCUGGGCCUGGACUUCUUUGCCAGCGACCUGGAGGCGUUCCUGCAGGAGUGCGGAUUGCUGCCCGAGAAGGAGGUGGCCAUCUUAGGCGGUGACGGUGAUGAGGAUGAUGACAGCAGCGACCUGGAGAUCGACUGAGUCCGGCCUCUUCCGCACCACGCAAGCAUCGCACCGCUUUGGUGUUCGCGGUUCGAUGAGCAUUGCAAACAACGUGUCCCAGGAGCAUUGCAAACUCCACGUCCCAACAUUCCAAGGUAGUGUCCAAGUAUAGUGUGAAAGACGUCUUAGGAAAGCCACCCCCCUCCCCAAUACAUCUUUCCAAGCUGUGGGUCAGUUGCCCCGAAAUAUCAGCCUCGUAGUAGGCCUUUUGCUAGAGUUUGUAGGAAACUAGGCCCUUGUUGUGAUCGAUUGCAAAUUGGGAGCAGAGCCUGGAAGCGCUCGUCUUCUUUGGGCGCAUCUCCACUGCAGAGUUGAUGCACUUUGACACCACUUGGAAUCUUCAGAGGCUCAGCUUCAGCCUCUGGGUGCCUCUACUCCCAUCAUUCCAUAUCAUCGAGGCCUAAUGGUCAAGCGUGGUGUCAAAUUGCUUUAAUUCCCCGACCAAAACAACGCUCUUUUUUCCCCUUUGCAAUCGAGUUGGGAGUCGCCCCAAAAUGCAGCCUCAAAGUGGGCCUUUUUGCUGUUUUGUAGUCCUUGCUUCCCCUUAGGCACGGACCCUUUGGACUUUUCCCGCAAACUUUUGGGGUGUCUUCUUCGUCCUCCCUUUUUGGUCCCCAAUCCUAUCUUGAAACCUCCGCUCCAGGCUCCAAAAGGCCUUCAGUCCCAAUACUUGCUUUGUAAAAUGUCCUCAAAGUGGGCCGUUCUUUUGUGUGUUUGUGUUCGCUGUUUCCUGGGAACCUUGGGAGCAAAUCUUUUCCUCAACCCUCGAUGUGAAAACGAUUCCUAGCAUUUUUGUAAAUAGUUGCAAUAAAACGUAACAACCCA